UCAAUGGAUCUGAUCACAUUCCUGGUGCUCAGCCUCUCCUGUCUCAUUCUCCUCUCUCUCUGGAGACAGAGCUCUGGUAGAGGGAAGCUUCCUCCUGGCCCCACCCCUCUUCCAAUUAUUGGCAAUUUCUUCCAGCUAGAUGCAAAGAACAUCACCCAAUCCUUAACCAAUUUCUCAAAAGUUUAUGGACCUGUGUUUACUCUGUACUUUGGCAUGAAGCCCACUGUGGUUUUGCAUGGGUAUGAAGUUGUGAAAGAAGCCUUGAUUGAUCAUGGGGAAGAGUUUGCUGAAAGAGGAAUCUUCCCACUAGCUGAUAAAACGAAUAAAGGACUUGGAAUUGUUUUUAGCCAUGGAAAUAGAUGGAAAGAAAUAAGACGCUUUACACUCACGACUCUGCGGAAUUUGGGCAUGGGGAAAAGGAGCAUUGAGGACCGUGUUAAAGAGGAAGCACAGUGCCUUGUGGAGGAACUGAGAAAAACCAAUGGCUCACCCUGUGAUCCCACCUUCAUCCUGGGCUGUGCUCCAUGCAAUGUCAUCUGCUCCAUUAUUUUCCGGAACCGUUUUGAUUAUAAAGAUCAGGAUUUUCUUAUCUUGAUGGAAAAACUCAAUGAAAACAUCAAGAUUCUGAGCAGUCCCUGGAUGCAGUUCUGCACUAUGUUUCCUGUUUUCAUUGAUUAUUGUCCAGGAAGUCAUAAGACAUUAGUUAAAAAUCUUUGUUAUACUAAAAACUACCUUCUGAAGAAAAUAAAAGAACAUCAAGAAUCACUGGAUGUUACAAAUCCUCGGGACUUUAUUGAUUAUUACCUGAUUAAGUGGAAGCAGGUAAACCACAAUCAACACUCAGAGUUUACACUUGAAAACUUAGCAGUCACCGUGACUGAUUUGUUUGGUGCUGGGACGGAGACAACAAGCACAACACUGAGAUAUGCUCUCUUGCUCCUGAUGAAGUAUCCAGAAGUCACAGCUAAAGUCCAGGAAGAGAUUGAUCGUGUGAUUGGCAGACAUCGCAGCCCUUGCAUGCAGGACAGGAGCCACAUGCCCUAUACAGAUGCCAUGAUUCAUGAGGUCCAGAGGUUCAUUGACCUUCUCCCUACCAACCUGCCACAUGCAGUGACCUGUGACAUUAAGUUCAGGAAUUACCUCAUCCCCAAGGGGACAACUGUAAUAACAUCACUGACAUCAGUACUGCAUGACAGCAAAGAGUUCCCCAACCCAGAGAUGUUUGACCCUGGCCACUUUCUAGAUGGGAAUGGAAACUUUAUGAAAAGUGACUAUUUCAUGCCAUUCUCAACAGGAAAACGGAUGUGUGUAGGAGAGGGCCUGGCCCGCAUGGAGCUAUUUUUAUUCCUGACCACAAUUUUACAGAACUUUAAACUGAAAUCUCUUGUUCACCCAAAGGACAUCGAUACAACUCCAGUGUUCAAUGGAUUUGCCUCUGUGCCACCAUUUUUUGAGCUGUGCUUCAUUCCUCUCUAA